CAGAGACUUGCCGCCACCACCACCAACAGUAGCAGCUCUGGCAUUAGCUCCAGCAGCACCACAAACGGCAGCAGUUCAAUGUUGCGUGAUAAAUACCAUAAGGAUUAUGAAUUCAUGGAAACAUUGCAGGAAACUGGUGUCACUAACAAAGUAUUUGAAAGCAAAUUGGUUUCACAUUUAGCCCGAGGUUUUGAUCCUUUCAAGCCUUUGUCUAUCAACACAAAUGCCAUUGAAUCUACAACAACAGCAGCAACAAUGGCAUCAUCUACAGCUCCAGGCAAUAAUAGCAACAGCAGCAGCAACAACACGGGCAGCAACAUUAUGAAAAAGCCAAGUGUUUUAUAUGAUUCACUGCAUCAUCUUCCAUUGCAUCAAAUGCAGCAGGUGCAGCAACAAUCGUCCUCAUCAUCUGUGGUCGAUGGCCAUCGUUUUAGUCGCAUGGAAAUCUAUAAGGCCAGUGUGGCCAAUGCAACAAUCGAUCCGGCCUCAGUACAACCCUCAUCCACAGCUUCAGGCGGUAGCAGCAGCGGCAGCAAUGUUAUAAGACGUUUCAGACCCAUGUCUUCAUUCGAUGAUUCGAAACCAAUGCGUCGCAUUUCAUAUUUACGUGCUACCAAUGAUGACUAUCAUGAUACAUCGGCCACAUCGCUGGCCAACACAUCAACCAGCAGCAUAGCGGAAACGCUCUCCACGAAAUCCACAAAAUCUCAACAACAGCACAUUGAGGAACAUCCUGAUCCAAUAUAUGAUACAGUGGGUGGUGGUGGUGCUGAUAGUACCAGUGAUUCAUUGGAUGCCUUGGAAGAUUUGAAAUUGGAUGCAUCUUGUAGUAGUCGUAGAACAUCUGUAAAUAGUGAUCUAAGACACAGCGUUCACAUUGAUAGCCUCAGUGGUAUUGAUCUAAACGGUAAAAUGGAAUCAAAAGAUAUUUCAACCGAUAUGGAAAUCUUUGAAACGGAAAUGGAAAUCAAAUCAUCAUCAAUACAAGGCAAACGACAAUCCGAAUAUCGUUCAUGGCGCCAAGUUAAAAUCGAAAUUAAAGGUGAUAUGUUAAGAAUAUAUCCCAGUCGUAAUACGAAAUCAGAUAGCAAUGUACUUGAACUCGACAUUAGAAACUUUGAAAUCUUUGACGAAUCAGAUAAAAAGAAAUAUGUAUUUCGCAUGCAAUCGAAACCCUCACCGAUAGCCACAUUAGGCAAUGAAUUAAAUAUUGAUGAUGUUCCCGACAAAUUGACAUCAUCGACCGGUAGUUCCUCGUCAACACAGCAACAACAAACAACGGAAACGAACAAUCAGCCGCAUACCGAUAUUCUAUUUAAAACGAAGAGUGGUGCUGAAAUGAAAAGGAUAUACGGUUUAUUGCAAUGGAAGAAUAGUUUAAUAUUUAAUGACAAUGAUCCUCAAGGUAAACAGUUAGCGGAACCGCAAAAAACUCCCGCUAGCAUGUCUACAACAACACACAACAGCAAUUACUGUGAUGACAAUGUACAACAGCAACAACAAUCAGGAAGCGGCAGCGGUCAACAACAUUUACAAGCCGAACAUUCACCCUUAAGUUCAACGUCACGUAGCGAAUUAGAAGCAACUGAUUCAAUAUCGCCUGUUAUGAAAACACGCAAAUCAUCUUCACACAAAAAUAUACCCGACAAAGAUUUGGGUUCGCCAAAAGCCAAAAAUUGGAAAGAUCUAUUGUUUCGUCGUGGCGGUGGUAGUAGCAGUAGCGGGCACAGUGCCGAUUUAUCACCAUCCAAUUUGUCAUCGUCGUCGAAAACUGUCGGUUCAAUUGGUGUACCAUUGAAAACGUGUCCCAUGUCCAAGAACAACGAAUACGUGCCCACUCUUGUGGAUGUCUGUACGAAUAUUGUCGAAACUAAAGGCUUGGGCGUUGUUGGCAUUUAUCGUAUACCGGGCAAUAAGGCAGCCAUAUCAGAGCUGUGCGAUCAAGUGAAUAAAUGUGAUUUCUCAUGGGAUCGCUGCAAUACAGAUGUCAGAUGGGAAGAUGUUAAUGUGGUCUCAAGUUUGCUUAAAUUAUUCAUAAGAAGUCUACCCGAUGCAUUGCUGCCAAGUUCCUUUUAUAAUCAAUUUAUUGAAGCUGAUAAGAAAGUGGGUAUGGAACGAUUAACUGAAUUGAAAACUCUGUUGGAGGCAUUGCCACGGUAUUCGCACGAAACAAUGAAACAUGUAUUUCGUCAUUUGAAUCGUGUCAGCAAACAUUGUGAUGUUAAUUUAAUGGAGCCGAAAAAUUUGGCCAUCAUUUUUGGACCAUCGAUAAUACGCACACCGAAUGAUGCCUUGGAUGUGGCCGUAAAGGAUAUGAAACAUCAGUGUCGUAUUGUGGAAUUGCUGUUGACACAUUAUGAAUAUUUCUUUGAAAAUGGCGAAGCACCCGAUAUCGAUGAUGUUUGUGGCAAUAAUGUAGCUCCCUCGUCAUCGUCAUCAACGACGGGAUCCACCACCCUACAACAGCAGCAACAACAACAGCAGGAAGAAAACCAAACUAAUAUGCUGCUGCAUAACAUUUCAAAAAUUGAAAGACUCACCGAACGGGAAUCCAGUUCAUCCAGCACCACAACCACAUCGCGUAGCACAUCACGUUUCAUACGCAACUUGGGCAAGCCCAAGCCUAGCAAACGACCCGAACCGGCAGCAUAUGAUAUUGGUUUGGUAAGCAAAUCUUCCAGUAGUAGCACUAGUAAAUCUAAAUCUUUUCACUCUACAUCCAAUACCACCACAAACACCAACACCUCCACCAAGAACACAAAACAUUCUUUAAUCACUACACCUCUACCACCUCUCACCACAAUCACCAAGAAUACAUUAAAAAACAUAUGCAAAUCGACACCCAAUAUUUCCACACUUACUACACGUUCACUUUCGAGCACCAAUGCUACUACUACCUCUAAAUCAUCAUCGUCACGCGAUUCGACUUGCUCGGCAGCCGAAGCGGCCGAAUAUCGCCAGAGACGUCGUGCUGUGCCCACAAUUUAUGAUUUUGGUGUUACUUUACGUUUACAUUUUCAGUCAUUGGACUAUGCGAAAUCGGGUGCUACCGCAUCAUCGUCGAGCAGCAGCAGUACGACGACCUCGUCGGCCAAAACAUCCAAAAAGAAGGAUCAUCAUGGUUUCCUGAGCAGUCGGGCACGUAGUCAUGCACGUAAAUCCAGCUUGGAUGAGAAAGAUUCGGGUAGUGUUAGCGGUAGCAGUAUUAAGGAAACGCAACGUAAAAGUGUGGAUAUUUCAAUAACGCUAACGGAUGAUGAGAGCAGUAAUAGUCGUUUAAGUGAGCCGGGUUCAAUGUCACUUGGCAUCAUAACCGACACCCUGGAAUCCAAGCUUAGCAAACUACGCAGUGGCUCUGAGUCGAAUGAUGAAAAUGGUUCACCCGACUUUCCAAUGCAACGUCGUUAUACAUUGGGUGAACAUAUAUUACAAACCGAAAACAUUCCCUAUGCCGAUGAGUCUCCCGAAAGACAUUUUCAUAAUUUCUGUCCGCUGGACAAUAUGACGGGUGCAAAUAAUUUAAUGAUCAGUCGUUCAUGUACCUCAACAAAUACCCUAAUGGGUAGCAGUGCUAAAUCGGCGAGUAGUGAAAAGGAGAAAUCAUCACCUCUGACAGGCUAUAAAGGUGCACCGCACAAACUGCAACAUUCAGCCACGGCACCAAUAAACUCUUCAAUUGGCAGUGUGGGUGGAGGGGUGAAUCUGUCAUCCCCGCCCACGGCCGCCUCCACACCUACAACAAUCGGUGCUCUAAAGGGUAGCUUGACAACAGCUUCUUCAGCUAGAAAUGCCUAUGCUACUAGUAAAAAUUUAAGGUUCUCUUCAUCGGUGCAUGAGCAACGUUGCUCCGAAGAUGAUUCAGAAGGUUCUACAACAAGUGAUCCCAAAGAAGCUUUGGCCAUGGCUUCACCAUCAUUUCUACUAGAUAAAUAUAAUAAGAAACGUAGAGAUCAUCGUCUUUAUCGUUCGGCUUCGUUCAAUUGUCGUAACUAUUCUUCGCGCUAUGGCGGCAGCAUGGCAGGUGGUGGCAGUAAUAUUCCUUUAACAAAAGAUGAAAAGACUGAUAUGAAUCUAACGAAAAAACGACAAAUACAAAAUAAACAAAAUCGUUCGAUAAAGCGCCGUCACACAGUGGGUGGACCACAUGACUACAGUGGCAAUGCAGCACAACCGCCACCAGCAUCGGCUGGAAAUAAUUGCAAUCAUCAUUGUAAGAAUAAUAUGUCAAAUUCGGCAAGUUCGAAUGCUUCGAAUACAUCAUCAGGGGGUAUUCGACGAACACCAUUGUCCAGUGCAAAUGGCAACAUAGCCAAUAAUAACAAUAAUAUGCAACAACAUGGCGAUGAUGGAGGUAACAGUAGUGCCACCAGUAAUGGCAAUAGCAGUAGCAGUAAUAAUACAACCAAUAAUACGAAUGGCUCCUCGACCACAGCCACAACAGUUAAUGUGGCCAAUUCAUCGGGUGAACAUGUACUUGAAGUUGGUAUACGUAUAAAGAAUAUUAAUAGAGCGCGUUUCUAAAU